AGAGAGAGAGAGAGAGAGAGAGAUGGAAGGAGCAUCGUACCAGCGAUUUCCAACGGUAAAGAUCAGAGAGUUGAAGGACGAUUACGCGAAGUUUGAACUCCGAGACACUGACGCUAGCAUGGCCAAUGCGCUCCGGCGGGUGAUGAUAGCGGAGGUCCCUACAAUUGCGAUCGAUUUGGUUGAAAUUGAAGUGAACUCGUCGGUGCUGAACGACGAGUUCAUCUCACACAGGCUCGGUCUCAUCCCACUCACCAGCGAACGAGCCAUGAGCAUGCGCUUCUCACGUGACUGUGACGCCUGCGACGGUGACGGCCAGUGCGAGUACUGCUCGGUUGAGUUCCAUUUGAGGGCCAAGUGCAUGAAUGACCAAACUCUAGAUGUCACUAGCAAGGAUCUAUACAGCUCUGACCACACUGUUGUUCCGGUUGAUUUCUCCGAUUCCGCUGGCUCCGGCUUCGACAAUACUGAGAAUAAGGGGAUUAUAAUUGUGAAGCUACGUCGUGGCCAAGAGUUGAGGCUGAGAGCCAUAGCACGAAAAGGUAUUGGCAAAGAUCAUGCUAAAUGGUCCCCCGCAGCAACUGUUACAUUUAUGUAUGAGCCUGAGAUCCAUAUCGAUGAGGAUAAGAUGGGGACUCUAUCAUUGGAGGAGAAGGAAAGCUUUGUUGAAAGUAGUCCGACCAAGGUGUUUGCAAUUGAUCCUAAUACCAAGCAGGUUUUGGUGGUUGAUCCUGAGGCAUACACUUAUGAUGAUGAAGUGAUCAAGAAAGCAGAAGCAAUGGGUAAGCCAGGACUUGUGGAAAUACAUGCCAGAGAAGACAGUUUUAUAUUCACAGUUGAAUCUACUGGCGCAAUCAAAGCUUCUCAGCUGGUGCUCAAUGCAAUUGAAAUUCUCAAACAAAAACUGGAUGCAGUUCGCCUUUCGGAGGACACUGUAGAAGCUGAUGAACAGUUUGGUGAAUUGGGCGCACAUAUGCGAGGAGGUUGAUAUGUUUGGCAGGAAUCAACUUGCAUUUUCUUUUUGUGACUUCCCUUCAUCUAUAUGGAGAAUUCCGGUGUUGUUUUGAUUGGGAUGAAACCAUGGAUGCUGAUCGUCUGUAAGUAGUCCUUGAAGUUCUGGGAAACAAACAAAUGCCUUAGCGACUAUAUUCUGCCUUAACAAACAAACAAACUAUAUUCUGUUGCUAUUAUUGCUAUAUCAUGUCAUUCACUUUGUUGCAUUUCUUAAACGAAUGGCAAAUUUGUUGAAGCAACGAAAUCGAUUGCCAUCACAAGCAAUUCAAGGAUUC